GCCAGCUUGGAGACGCAUCGCCCCGGUGCCAUUACGCGCAGCGAGGCGCACAGCUCCCCGGUAGUCUGGCAGCCACAUGGACGCGGGUUGUGGGGAUGCUGAAGGAGCUGCAGCACCCCCUGAAACCAGGCACCAUAAAGACACAGUUUAUGUGACGCUUCCCCUCUUUGUCACCGGGAUAUAGACUCCACGUGUCAUAAACUACAUGUUUAAAUCCUUUUAGAGUCCUUUAGAGGAACUCCCUCCUCCUCUCCUGUAGUUCUAGUUGUGAUUUCAGGUUCAGGUGUUAACAAAAAAAAAAAAAAAAAACUGAUCCCGGACUUUCAAAUUAAAGCCACAAAAUGACGUCAUGAGUCCACAUCAACACCCCAACUCGGAGUGACCGACUUCCAGCGUCUCCGGACAUCUCGUGCGUUAUGCUGAAUGGACCGACCUUCCGCGACCGCGACCCGAUGCGACUCGUCGACCCGAGGCACCUCCCGCAACUGAUGUCCUUGGAGGACCAUGAGCCCACUAUGGUGGAAGGGACCCUGGUGCCCCGCAACUCCACGCCGGCAGGGGAGGAGGGGACUCCGGGUCAGCAGCAUCAGUCCUUCCCCUGGGUAGUGACCCUGCUGGCCGGCGUCCUGAUCACGACCAUCGUGGUGGAUGUUAUAGGGAACCUGCUGGUCAUUGUGUCCGUGUUCAGGAACAGGAAACUCAGGAAAGCAGGAAACGCCUUUGUGGUGAGCCUGGCUCUUGCUGACUUGGUGGUCGCCAUCUAUCCCUACCCGCUGGUCCUGACUGCCAUUUUCCACGAUGGCUGGAUCGCCGGCUACAUCCACUGUCAGAUCAGCGGCUUCCUCAUGGGUCUCAGCGUCAUUGGCUCCAUCUUCAACAUCACGGGCAUCGCCAUCAACCGCUACUGCUACAUCUGUCACAGCCUUAAGUAUGACAAACUGUUCUCCAACAGCAACACCAUGUGCUACGUCGUGCUGGUCUGGGCGCUCACCAUCCUCGCCAUCGUGCCCAACUGGUUCGUGGAGUCGCUGCAGUAUGACCCACGGGUGUACUCCUGCACCUUUGCCCAGUCGGUGAGCUCGCUGUACACUAUCACGGUAGUGGUGGUUCACUUCAUCCUGCCGAUCGCCAUCGUCACCUACUGUUACCUGCGUAUCUGGAUCCUAGUCAUCCAGGUGAGGCGGAGGGUCAAGCCGGACUCGCGGCCAAAGAUCAAGCCGCACGACCUCCGCAACUUCCUCACCAUGUUCGUCGUGUUCGUGCUCUUCGCUGUCUGUUGGGCACCGCUGAACCUAAUCGGACUGGCGGUGGCGUUGGACUCUAGGCUGGGUCGGGCGAUACCGGAGUGGCUGUUCACGGCCAGCUACUUCAUGGCGUACUUCAACAGCUGCCUCAACGCUGUCGUCUACGGCGUCCUGAACCACAACUUCAGGAAGGAGUACAAGAGGAUCGUCCUGAUCAUCUUCAAGUUUCACUGCUGAGACGAGGCGCUGAGGCUGAGGCUUGUGACAAGAACAAGCUAUUAAAAAGUGAUAAAAGAAAGACAAACUUAACCUUUACAAGGAGGGAAAACAGUGCUAAUGAAAGAAUAAGAAAAUAAAGGCACACAUUUUGUAUGAGUCAGAAAAAUAGAAGAACUUGAAUAGCUGGAGGUGUGGAGGAGAGGUGAGUGGGUAGAGACAAAGUAAAAUAAAUGAUGACGCACUGAGAGUUAUCAGUGAUGCCUUCAGGGAAAAUGAGAGACUUAAAAAUAGGAGGCGGGAGGCCAGAGCUCGGGAGUAACUCUUAACUUAGUAAAGUGUUUUAUCAUCAUGUUCUUUAAGUAAUUCACUCACAAACUACGAUUCAGAUUAAACAUUGUGAUUCCCCGUUUUCCCCUUGAUUCAUUUUGAUGCAUAAACUUCACAGUGAACUGGUUACAAG